AUGUCUUCCAACAACAUCGCCUUCACAUCACCAAUAAACGCACCAGACCAAACUCCCCUUACGAUCUCCGAAGUCUGGGCCGGCCUCCUCCUAAAGAUUAAACGUGCCGAACUAUUCGUCCCAGCCGCAAUCAAGUCGACAGAAGUCUUGAGCGAGACAACAGACCCGCAAACAGGCGCCCCAGUGACAACGCGAAACGUGGUCUUCCACGAGAACGAACGCAAAGUCAAAGAGAUCGUCACCGCUUACAAGCCGUGUCGUAUCGAAUUUGAGCAGCCUGAUGGAAGCAAAAUUAGUAAUGUUGUCAGCGAGGGUGCUGGCGGCUCGCUCUACUUGACUUAUAUCUUUGAGUGGAGACACCCCGGUGUUUCGAUUGAGGAAUUGGCUGCUUUGGCGGAGAAGGAGAAGAAGAUGAGUAAGGACGCUGUUGAGGGAACUAUUACUGCUCUGCGCCAACUUGUUGAAGAAGGUUCCCUUUUGCAGGGGUAG